UCCCGCUGCCUGGCGCUCUGCGGCUGGGGAGUAAAUUUCUCCCUGUCAUCAGGUCGCGGGGAGAGGAGGAGGAGGAGGAGUUUGUUAAUGUUCAGUUUGUUCAGCGGGAUCGAUGUUUGCUGGCAUCGCCUCGCCCUGUCUUGUGUGUGUGUGCGAGGGUGUGUGUGUGUGUUUGUGUGUGUGUGCAUAUGUGGGGGGUGUGAGUGUGUGUGCGCGAGGAAGCGGGGGUGCGUGCGCGUGUGAGUGCGUGUGUGAGUGUGUCUGUGUGUGUGUGUGAGUGAGUGAAUUCCAGAUUUUCUGUCUUUCCAAAACCCGCUCCUGUCCUCUCGCAUAUCACUCACAGACGGGGAUCUGACAGCAGCCACAAACCUACAGUGAGUGAUCGCUCUCCCCCCGGCACGAAUCCGCCAUAGAGAUCGGCGAGGAGGAGGAGAAGGAGGAGGAAGAGAAGAAGGAGGAGGUGGAGGAGGAGGUGGAGGAGGAGGAGGAGGAGGGAAAGAGGAGAAGGAAGAAGAAGAAAAAGAAGAAGAAACCCACUACCUUCCCAGGAUUGCCUUUUUUUUUCCCUUAUCUUUACGCGCGAGUGUGCGUGUGGCGCGUGUGCGCCCGUCGUCCCUUCCAUCCGAACCCGGGCUUGGAUGUUUAAUAAAGAAAUCAAGUGUCUCAACAGUCACCAAAAAAAAAAACGCAAAAACAAAACCAAAAAAAUUCCAAAAGCAAAAACAAAAAAGAGAGAGGAAAAAAAAAUUCAAAAUAAACAAACAAACAAACAAGGCAGAACCAACCUCUACUUCAAAGCAGCCGGCACAAGCCACCCGUGUCUGCCACCCAGAGAGGGGGGUCUCUGGCCCGUGGUGGAGGAGUUGCAGGGGGGAUCGUCAGGGGGACAGAGGCCGAGUGACGUCCUAGGAGCCACCGGGCAAGAGGCGGAGGAGACCCAGAGAGGCCAGAGAGACAGCGGGCCCCAGCGCGCGGCUCGGGGCUGGGGCGCCAGAAGUGGGACUGGAGCGAAGUAGAGGAUGCCGAGGAGAAAACAGCAGGCACCCAAACGGGCGGCAGGCUACGCCCAGGAGGAACAGCUGAAAGAAGAGGAGGAAAUAAAAGAAGAAGAGGAGGAGGAGGACAGCGGUUCAGUAGCUCAACUGCAGGGUGGCAAUGACACAGGGACGGACGAGGAGCUAGAAACGGGCCCAGAGCAAAAAGGCUGCUUCAGCUACCAGAACUCUCCAGGAAGUCAUUUGUCCAAUCAGGAUGCCGAGAACGAGUCUCUGCUGAGCGACGCCAGUGAUCAGGUGUCGGACAUCAAGAGUGUCUGCGGCAGAGAUGCUUCGGACAAGAAAGCAAACACUCACGUCAGGCUUCCAAACGAAGCACACAAUUGCAUGGAUAAAAUGACCGCUGUCUACGCCAACAUCCUGUCGGAUUCCUACUGGUCAGGCCUGGGCCUUGGCUUCAAGCUGUCCAAUAGUGAGAGGAGGAACUGUGACACCCGAAACGGCAGCAACAAGAGUGAUUUUGAUUGGCACCAAGAUGCUCUGUCCAAAAGCCUGCAGCAGAACUUGCCUUCUAGGUCCGUCUCGAAACCCAGCCUGUUCAGCUCGGUGCAGUUGUACCGGCAGAGCAGCAAGAUGUGCGGGACUGUGUUCACAGGGGCCAGCAGAUUCCGAUGCCGACAGUGCAGCGCGGCCUAUGACACCCUAGUCGAGCUGACUGUGCACAUGAAUGAAACGGGCCACUAUCAAGAUGACAACCGCAAAAAGGACAAGCUCAGACCCACGAGCUAUUCAAAGCCCAGGAAAAGGGCUUUCCAGGAUAUGGACAAAGAGGAUGCUCAAAAGGUUCUGAAAUGUAUGUUUUGUGGCGACUCCUUCGAUUCCCUCCAAGAUUUGAGCGUCCACAUGAUUAAAACAAAACAUUACCAAAAAGUGCCUUUGAAGGAGCCAGUCCCAACCAUUUCCUCGAAAAUGGUCACCCCGGCUAAGAAACGAGUUUUUGAUGUCAAUCGGCCGUGUUCCCCCGAUUCAACCACAGGAUCUUUUGCAGAUUCUUUUUCUUCUCAGAAGAACGCCAACUUGCAGUUGUCCUCCAACAACCGCUAUGGCUACCAAAAUGGAGCCAGCUACACCUGGCAGUUUGAGGCCUGCAAGUCCCAGAUCUUAAAGUGCAUGGAGUGUGGGAGCUCCCAUGACACCUUGCAGCAGCUCACCACCCACAUGAUGGUCACAGGUCACUUUCUCAAGGUCACCAGCUCUGCCUCCAAGAAAGGAAAGCAGCUGGUAUUAGACCCGCUAGCAGUGGAGAAAAUGCAGUCGUUGUCCGAGGCCCCAAACAGUGAUUCUCUGGCUCCCAAGCCAUCCAGUAACUCAGCAUCAGAUUGUACAGCCUCUACAACUGAGUUAAAGAAAGAGAGUAAAAAAGAAAGGCCAGAGGAAACCAGCAAGGAUGAGAAAGUCGUGAAAAGCGAGGACUAUGAAGAUCCUCUACAAAAACCUUUAGACCCUACAAUCAAAUAUCAAUACCUAAGGGAGGAAGACUUGGAAGAUGGCUCAAAGGGUGGAGGGGACAUUUUGAAAUCUUUGGAAAAUACUGUCACCACAGCCAUCAACAAAGCCCAAAACGGGGCCCCCAGCUGGAGUGCCUACCCCAGCAUCCACGCAGCCUACCAGCUGUCUGAGGGCACCAAGCCGCCUUUGCCUAUGGGAUCCCAGGUACUGCAGAUCCGGCCUAAUCUCACCAACAAGCUGAGGCCCAUUGCACCAAAGUGGAAAGUGAUGCCACUGGUUUCUAUGCCCACACACCUGGCCCCUUACACUCAAGUCAAGAAGGAGUCAGAAGACAAAGAUGAAGUGGUGAAGGAGUGUGGGAAAGAAAGUCCCCACGAAGAGGCCUCAUCUUUCAGCCACAGUGAGGGCGAUUCUUUCCGCAAAAGCGAAACACCUCCAGAAGCCAAAAAGACUGAGCUGGGUCCCCUGAAGGAGGAGGAGAAGCUGAUGAAAGAGGGCAGCGAGAAGGAGAAACCCCAGCCCCUGGAGCCCACAUCUGCUCUGAGCAACGGGUGCGCCCUCACCAACCACGCCCCGGCCCUGCCAUGCAUCAACCCACUCAGCGCCCUGCAGUCCGUCCUGAACAAUCACCUGGGCAAAGCCACGGAGCCCUUGCGCUCACCUUCCUGCUCCAGCCCAAGUUCAAGCACAAUUUCCAUGUUCCACAAGUCGAAUCUCAAUGUCAUGGACAAGCCGGUCUUGAGUCCUGCCUCCACAAGGUCAGCCAGCGUGUCCAGGCGCUACCUGUUUGAGAACAGCGAUCAGCCCAUCGACCUGACCAAGUCCAAAAGCAAGAAAGCCGAGUCCUCGCAAGCACAAUCCUGUAUGUCCCCACCUCAGAAGCACGCUCUGUCAGACAUCGCCGACAUGGUCAAAGUCCUCCCCAAAGCCACCACCCCAAAGCCAGCUUCCUCCUCCAGGGUCCCCCCCAUGAAGCUGGAAAUGGAUGUCAGGCGCUUUGAGGAUGUCUCCAGUGAAGUCUCAACUUUGCAUAAAAGAAAAGGCCGGCAGUCCAACUGGAAUCCUCAGCAUCUUCUCAUUCUACAAGCCCAGUUUGCCUCGAGCCUCUUCCAGACAUCAGAGGGCAAAUACCUGCUGUCUGAUCUGGGCCCACAAGAGCGUAUGCAAAUCUCUAAGUUUACGGGACUCUCAAUGACCACUAUCAGUCACUGGCUGGCCAACGUCAAGUACCAGCUUAGGAAAACAGGCGGGACAAAAUUUCUGAAAAACAUGGACAAAGGCCACCCCAUCUUUUAUUGCAGUGACUGUGCCUCCCAGUUCAGAACCCCUUCUACCUACAUCAGUCACUUAGAAUCUCACCUGGGUUUCCAAAUGAAGGACAUGACCCGCUUGUCAGUGGACCAGCAAAGCAAGGUGGAGCAAGAGAUCUCCCGGGUAUCGUCGGCUCAGAGGUCUCCAGAAACAAUAGCUGCCGAAGAGGACACAGACUCUAAAUUCAAGUGACGAAUGCCUUAGUUUCCACUUUCCAGCCUGGAUCCCCUCACACUGAACCCUUCUUCGUUGCACCAUCCUGCUUCUGACAUUGAACUCAUUGAACUCCUCCUGACACCCUGGCUCUGAGAAGACUGCCAAAAAAAAAAAAAAAUCACCCCAGCCGUUUCUCUUCAUCCUCACUAACAAUUUGGUAAUGAAGUAUUGAUUUCCACUUCUCUGCUUAUGGGCGGUAUUAGAUUUUCAUUGAUAAACUGCAAUGGGGCUGUCUCGUCUCCACAGUACCCUUUUCACUGUCACAAGAAAACAAAGUGCCACCGAAGAAAAGUAAUGACUGAGAGCAUUGAUGUACUUAUUUUGUCAGUUUGUAACAGGAAAGGGGGGGGGAGUAUGAGUCUUCAUAGUUUAAUGUCCAAGUGGGUUGCACUAGAUGUAGACACUUGGAGGCUUACUUUUCAUGGUAAUGUCCAUUUCCUAUUUAUAACCCCUCUGGGAACGUUUGUCUAAAGGAAAUGUUUCUGUUCAGUGUAACAAUUACGGUUGCACCUGGAUUGCCCAGUCCUGCCCCUGCACUAGGGGACCAUUAAUCACUGCAAAGUAGAAGAAUUAUUAAGUUAAACCAGAGUUUGAGCCAAGAAAACCCCUGAACAAUGUUCAUCUUCUGUGAAACUUGUUCAAAUAGUUAAGCUUAACCAUGUUGCUGCCAAAGACUUUUCCUAUGCAGUGGUGGGGCACCUUGAUCAUCAUCAUUAUCUUGAUUGGCUGAAAAAAAAAUUAGUUUUAAGCACACACCACUGUCGUAUGAGAACUGCAAAUUGGGAGAACUGGUGAAAUGCAGAAUCUGAGAGAACGUGAGAAGAUGAGAUCAUUACAGGGUGGAAAGUUCUGCAGCAGCCUUUUCUGGUAAUCCCUUUCUGCAGAACCUGAUGUUUAUGGGCUCUAAAACGCAGCUUAGCUUUAGAAGCAACAGAAAGCAUGAAAUAGGGUGUCCAUUUUAAAUGUGUUCCUGCAACUUUUUUCAUUAAAACUUUGAGGGCCCAAUUUUAAUUUGUGGAAUAUUCCCGUUAAUAAUGAGAUCUAAUUAAGACAUCCAUUAAAAGCCCGUUAAAGUUAAUUUAACGUAAAAAUUCCAAUAGAACUGUAUUAGAUUUUCUCCAUUAAAUUAACGUUAUGGAUUUUUAACGGAUGUCUUAAUUAUACGUUAUUAUUAACGGGAAUACUGUAUUACACAGAUUAAAAUCAGGUCCUAAGUUAACUUGGAAGAGCUAAGAGCAUGUUUUAAUAUUAAAAGUCUUGCAUACCUAGUGCACAGUUUGGAGACGCAAGGAUAGAUCUGUUUACUCUAGUUGAACAUUUUCUAUACAAUUGAAAGCAACCUAUAAUAGAUAAAUCCAUCAUUGCAUUUAAACAAUGAAUUUCCUUAUUCUCAAAGGACAAAUACGUCUGGAUUAUGUGGUAAAUUGCUACUCAGCUAUGGUGAAAUAUUUAUACUAUUCUAGGCACAACACUAGGAACUAGGUGAUUCUGAAACAAAAGGAAUAUUUUCUGUUGUUGCUUUAAUUACCAAGGUUAUUUUUUUUUUUAAUCUCAACACUGACAAAAUGAAACCAAAUAUCUCUUCCUCACCAUUUCUCAAGGAGGCUGCCUGUUGGAAUUGUUUUGGAAAUUUUGACAUGAUCCCUAAAUUCAACAUUGGGAUUAAAAAAAAAAAAAAAAAAAAAAAAACAACUUCUUAUUUACCUCCUAGGGAAAGUGUUGCCCUUAUGCCACAUAUAAUAGCAAAUUGCUUUUUUUAUGGCAUGCAUAACCUAGAUGGGAAAAAAUAUGGCGCUUCGGGGAAGGAGGGAAAAAGUAAAUGAAGUUCCAGGAAUGUCAUUCUGAAGUAAUGAGGCAUGGACAGAAAAUAUACCCCUCACAUCAUCGGAUUGAGAUGGCAGUCGAAAUAGCUUCAUUGAAGUGUCAGCACUCAUCCAUCAAUCAAUCACCCACAAAGAAAAAUAGCAACAGUACAACGGGGCGGCUUUUAUGGGAUUUACUCAUGGGCAUAGGGAAUAGCGGCUCAAAUGUAGUUCUGACAUGAAAAGCAAGGUGCUGAUAUUAUUUUUUAUGAUGGGAGGAUCAUAAAGUGAAUUGAGAACAGUGAGGUCUGUCUUUGCUUAACCUAUUCAACCAGAAAUGAAUGGAGCUCGACUGGAAAGGAACAGUCUUCGGAUGGGUUAAGAUUGAAGGGUGGACUGGACUCUACUGAGCACCGUCCUUCAACAAGGAAAUUCUAUUAACGGAAAAUCAAUGCAUUAGUAUUGGGGUUCUUGAAGCUGUUAAAAAUUGUGCUCCAAUCCAGGGUUAUUAGGCCAAAGUUACAUAAUUCAGAUCUCACUGCAACCAUCCAAAAGUGGAUUCUCGAGCCCUUGCUCCAAUGGGGGGAGGAGAUCAAUACAAUUCCCAAUUCCAUGCAAAUUGUUUCCCUUCUAAGGAAGAAAAAAUAAAUCAUCUGCUUCAACAUAUAAUCGAUAUGGUUUUGUUAGCGUAAUUUCUAUGGUGGGUGGGGUGGGAGGUGAGAGACAAAAAUAUUGAUAAAUUUGGUAAGACAGGUGAAUUGCCGCCUGGCAACCAUGCAUGUCACUGCCGAGGGAUGGCUGCUAAGGUUCACCUUAGAAAACAAGAUCUGGGCUGGCACUGGGGCAUACAUCGGCACUCAGCAUAUUCCUAGAGGCCAGGCCUGUCUUCAUUCGGCCAGCCCUCUGAGGCUUCUAGAAACUUCUUUCUGGAGGAAAAAAACUAAAUAACAUAAACUCAGGAGAAUGUCUUAUCCACCUUCAUACCACUGCUUUCUUUUUGCUGAAUAAAACACAGUUCUGAUAAGUGAGAACUUUAGAAUUGGAAAGGAGGCUGACAUGCAAAUAUAAUGCAAAUUACCCUCAAGUAUCGCCAUUCUUCCACCACCUCUUGGUACCAGUGAGAGCGAGAGAUUGCCUUUUCUUACCCAUCCCUCCUUCCAGCUAAGACCACCAACCAGCUGCAAAUUGAGAUGUCCAUUUAAAAAUUUAUAUGUCAAUAUUUAAAUGUUACAUAUUUGGCCUUAUUUUGUAGUUCAGCAAAUCCUCCAAAUACACAGCAUGUUACAAAGCACUGGUGGCACAGGGCACAACAGGAAAUGAUAUUUAUUUAGCAAAUUCAUUUAACAAAUAUUAUUGGGCACCUGUUAUGUGAGACACUGUCCUAGGCACUGUGGGAUAACAACAGCAAACACUUCACACAACAGCCUGGCCUUCCUGUGUUUUAUAACAGCUCCUAAAGAUAGCUGAUAUCAAGACAUUUGAGGGACACAGUUCAUGUAGAAUCAAAAUAUUAGUAUUUCAGAAUAAGGAUUUUUCUUCUAAAAAGCAUACAGAGAGGAAAUAGCUUAAAAAUAGGUCAAGACCUAAAAACAGAAUAUAAUCAUGGAAUAAAUUGGAUAACCCAGACAGUCCCCACAGAAUUUCUUUCAGGUCACAGAUUUCUUAAAACUCACCCCCAAAAUGUGCCUCCUUGGUUGUUUGAAUCUUGCAUAAUUAAUGUCACAGGCGCAAGCCGCUGAACUUAGUUGAGAUGCAGAAAACAAACAAGUGCAAUGACAUAUCUGAGAAGCAUUUAUGUAACUCUGGUUAAGUGGUGAGGAGGGGUGUGUGAAGACAGUGUGCAUGCAUGCGUGUGUGUAUUCAGAGAUAUGUGUAUACACAUGAAUUUCACUGUUAUUUUCCAGGGUCUAUGGACAAUGUGGCAGUAAGAGUCUAUGAUGUUCUGAAACUUUUCACAGUAAAUCCAAAGAUUACAGACCUUACAAGGUGCUUGCAUUCUGUUGCUUUUCCAUCUGUCACUUCUCAGGUUAUUUGACUGUGUUCAAACCUUCUUUUCUUUUUCAUUGAGUUUCAUUUUUUAAGCUGGUUAAAUGCUUUUGUUUAAAAAAAAAAAAAAACCAAAUGUCAUUUUUCACAUUAUCCUCUCUUCUCUGCAACAAGAAUAGUAAGAUGUAGAUGAAUGCAAAAAUAAUAACAACAAUAAGGAAAUAUAUUAAAGCUUUAAAAUAUGCACAUAUGUAGUUCUAAAGAGCAAUAAUGGUAGUAUCUAUUUCAAACAUGCAUUAGGCAAAAAAGAAAUCAAAACUGAAAUUUUCGUGUAUUUUUCCCCUUGUAAGAUGUUCAAAUGCUAAUUUCAUUUUCUCCUUUCCUCUAUGUGGCACUUUCUCAAAAUAUCUAUGAAAUACUUUUAGACAAAGAUUGAGCUGGAGAAAGAGAUACAAAUUUCCAUCCCCCCCAGACAGAGAGACAUGUUUCCAUUGUAGGAAGGCAUUAAACAUUUUGAAACUUGUGAAUCAUCUUUAGAAUUUCUACUGGGGAAUUUUACCUCUUCAUCCAAAGUAAAAGCCACUUAUCUCCUUUGGUUCCCAGUGACAGAUUCAGAGGCAUACGCAGAUAUACAAUUUUCAGGCUCUAGUUAAUCUUCUUCCAAUAGUUACGAACAAUGGGCUAACGGGCGUGGGUGUUUCUCCAAAAAUUAUUCAUGCACAAGGCAGCCCAAAGCUUCAGGGAAAACUAGAAAUGUGUUAUGGAUUAGAAUAGGACUGUUUUAAAAUGCUAGUACCAGGUGGAACGCUAUUUCUGCAACAGGACUCUGUCCAUUUCCUUUGGAACAAUAUAUUCCAAGUAAAAUGGCUCUUCCAAGGAAUGACACGUUUACUUGACACCCUUCGGCAUACAAAUGAUUUUACCAAUAGCCAUGAUUAUUAUUAAGGCCUUUUAAAAUACAGGCUGUUUGAAAAAAGACAGAUUAAAUAUUCACAGCCUUUGUAUCAUGUUUAUUUGCUUAAAACAGCUUUUAGAAGUACAAAUAAUAACUUUUUGAUAAGAAACCCCAGGAGAAACUUUUUGGUAAGAAACCCCAAAAAAUUUGAACAAAGGCAUUACCAAAAAAAAAAAAAAAAAAAAACUAACCACUCCAUUCAACUCUCUCAGAAAAUAAAUUUCAAUGUGUUCAAUGAAUUGUCUUGAACCUGAAACCUGCAUUUAGAUAUCAGUCCCCUGCCAAUAGCUAGUAUUAACAGAAUUUGAACAAUCAUACAAUUAUGUCUCAAAUGUGAAGACUUUAUACAGUAAUAUUUUCACUUUCUAAAUGACCCAUAUAACAUUCAGGAAUUAUAGAUGUGUAUGUAUAUUUUUUAAGUACAGAAAGUUCAACCAGUCUUCAGAGAAUUAAAAGUGAUGCCUAUUGUGCACUGAAGUAAAUAUUACAAACAUUCCAGUUUCGCAAUACAAUACUUGAGCUUUCGAACACCUCAGACACUAGAAUGUGUAAUGCGAGGCAAAAAAGCUGACAUACAAAACAAUUCCCAUUUGGCUCAGGGUUCCUAAAUGUCACAAUAUCUUGGGUAAAAUAUACUUUUUGAUUUCCUGAUGAUGUCCUUCUAAUCCCUUCUGACUUUGAUUCCUAACAGCCAGGCACUGUUGGCAUGAAUCAUUAACUUCCAAACCCCUUUAAAAUCAAGAAGCUAGGUGAUCAUACAGUCUUUUCAAUGGCCAACCAGUUCUUGCUCUACAGAGCUUUUACACCUUUUUGGGAAACCUGAUAUCAAACACAUUUAUGUUAUAUAUUUGCUCCCUUGCAUUAAUUCUAGAUUUUUUUUUAAUUUCUUUUAGAAAGGGCAGGGGGGAAGUGGGUCAGAGCAAGGUUCAAGAAUCACAUUCAUCCUUGCUCUAAAGGAAAGUGUUUACUUGCCAGCAAAGAAAGGCAAACACAUUUUUAUAUUCAGAAAGCAGACCGGUCAUUUUCAAAGAAAAAUGACUGCAACCAUGCCUGUAGAAUGUUUCUGUGCAAGCGCACUAAUUUUCUAUCACCUGCAUGCUGUAUAUAAUACAUUUGCCUGUAUACUAGGAAGAAAAACCAGGCUGCUUUCCCUGAGUACAAUGCAGCUUGGAUGGCUGGGAGCGUAAGCCUUCCGUGCAUUUUUAUAGUGUACAUAUUUGUAUAUACUAACUAUAUCGCCAUGUAUGAACACACAGAUUUUGUUAUAUUUGCUUGUUUCUGUUUCCUACCAAACUGGCCCACAAUGGGGAUUCUUUUGUACAGAAAAAAUAUGCUUGUAAUUUUUUCCUGGUCAUUCUCUUUCAAUAGCUUAUGAAAGAAUUAGAUCUGAGUUUACAAAGAAACUAUAAGAACCAAGUUUGUCUGUCUGCAUGAGUCCCGUCCAAUUGCUGGAUCUAGGGAGGAACCAACGUCCUAAUUCAGAGUUUUCCUUUUAAAGGCAUGCUUUACCCCCGUGGGAAAACUGCACACUCAUCCAUGUAGAAUUAUUCUCUUUGUAUUUUAUCUAAUAGUGCCUGAAAAUUUUUUUAAUGUCUUCUUAGAGGAAGAAUUCAUAAUUGUCAAAAUUUGAAACAUUAGCUUAAUUUUGUUUUUAUGACCUCGAGAUUCUUCUCCUUAUUUAUUCGGUUGCUGUUGUAAUGGGGCCCCAGGCCAUUCCUGACAUCGGCGUGUUCUUCUUCUGCAUUAAGGAUGUUUUUGAAAUUACAGAGAUUAUUGAGCCAACAGGCUGUUUUAAUCAAAACCAUGUUUCACUUCUUUUUGAUGAUUAUAAAUUGUCCUUGCAAUGAAAAAAAAAAAAACUUUUCUGCUAGGAAGAUUAUACCACCCUGUGGCCAAACAGAUUCAUCACAGAUAGGCAUCUAUGCCCAUUUCUCUGGGAUCUGGAAAAUUCUUCCCUUGGCUGACCCCAAUUUCUUUCACUCCCCAUUAUCCUGAAUAUUAGCUUUCAAUGCAGUCACUAUCUGAAAUUUCCAAAGGCUUUGCCGCAUUGUCACUGCCCAAAGACAAACAACCACUGGAAAUGAUGGCUUUCCUGCUUGAAACGAAGGGGGCCAGGUGCAGUGGCUCAAGCCUGUAACCCCUGCACUUUGGGAGGCUGAGGCAGGCGGAUCACUUGAGGUCAGGAGUUUCAGACCAACCUGGCCAACAUGACAAAACCUUGUCUCUACUAAAAAUACAAAAAACAUUAGCAGGGCAUGGUGGUGCAUGCCUGUAGUCCCAGCUACUUGGGAGGCUGAGGCAAGAGAAUUGCUUGAGCCCGGGAGGCGAAGGUUGCAGUGAGCUGAGAUGGUGCCACUGCACUCCAGCCUGGGCAACAGAGCAAGACUGUGUCUCAAAAAAAAAAAAAAAAAAAAAAGCAGAAUGGAUUUUCAGAAAAAGUGCUCCCUUUUAUGUCCUGUGGUGCCACCAUCCUGUCCUCCUUCGUAAUCAUGAACAAUCUGAUCUUGAUCUUCCACAUAACUUAAAUCAGGCAAAAAGAAACAUUCACAGCGUCCCCUUGCUGAAUAAAAAUGACUUUGUUUGGAGGCACUUAAGAUGUAUGCCUGUGUGUGGCAUUGAAAUUAUCUGUAGAAGGGGAAUUUUUUUAAAAAAAUACAAUUUUAUCACUAGAAAUAAAUUCCGACUGUGGAUACGAAGAAAACCCUUAAAUUAUAUCACGAAAGCCAUUAUUUUUUUCAUCCAAAGAGUUUUUUUUUUAAGGAAAAUCAUUCUACUUUGAGAACUGUAAUUAAAGCCCUAAAUAACAGACACUACUUUUUUGAGCUAUUGUGAAAAAAUAACAACACAUUCGCCAAGGUUAUAUGGAGCCCCCGAUUUCCAUCAAAAAGGUUUCUAUAAGUAUAUUAUUUACAUUUUUAUACAUAAUAACUCUUUCCUUUGUGUUGAAAAAAAAGUCUCUUUUUUUCCCCCCACUCAGCCGUUAUUGGAAAUAGACUGUUCCCAUCUGAAACCUUAUCAUAAUUUGCAUCAGGAAACCCAACUGCUGACAUUAAGGACCUGGGUGUGUUCAAUUAUGAUUUUGCUGGAGGCUGUCCCUCAUUUCAAUGCUGCAGAUAUUGAACCACCUUCCUGAAACCUAGCUGAUACGGAAGAGCAGAGACAUGCCUCUCAACACCAUUAGCUUUGCAAAUGGCUUCAUUUCAGUCAACGUCGACUUCUGCUUUGGCCAAUUGAAAAAUGAAAAUUAAAGGAGAGAAGAAAAAAACACAGAUGCACUUAAAACAUGAAAAGAAUUAUUUAUAUGAUAAAAAUAUAUUUAGAUUUUCAAAGCACAAGACUGAAUAGAAGUGCUCUUUUUAUGCUUUCUGGAGAUGUUACUGUUAAAUGUCUUUCUACAUCAGGCUUAAUAAAUCUGUAAUGACAUUUGAUGGAUUGA